AUGCCGAAGUUCAAGAACAUCUUCUUUGGGAGCAUGGUUGAAUCCAGCAGGCCAUCCCAGGCCAUGUUCACCUUCCUUUUGCUUCCCUGUUGCCUAACAGCCAACUUGAGAGCACCUUCUUUAAUCCCAGGUGUUCCUUUCCUCUGGGGUUGGAAUAUUCCUACAGAUUUAUGUUCUCAAAAGUUUAACGUGACAAUAGAUCUGAGACUUUUUAGUUUUAUAGGAAGCUCUCUAAAAUAUGACGAAGAGCAAAACAUCACUAUCUUUUAUGAACAUAAACUUGGCUACUAUCCUUAUAUUAAUGAAAAAACAGGCACAAUGGUGAAUGGGGGCAUUCCCCAGAUGAAAUACUUACCAGGCCAUUUGAUCAAGGCUCAGAAUGACAUGUGUUGUGUGAACGGAGACCAUACAGGGUUAGCUAUCAUUGAUUGGGAGAAUUGGAGGCCCAUUUGGGACAGAAAUUGGAAACCUAAAGAUGUCUAUAGGAAAGCUUCUAUUAACAUAGUUCAGAAAGAAAAUGCAAAUCUAACUCGCAAGGAGGCCACCCAGAUAGCCAAAAAACGUUUUGAAGUGGCAGCAAAGGGUUACAUGAUAGAGACUUUAAAAAUAGGACAGAUAACUCACCCAAAGUCCAUUUGGGGCUUUUACCUUUUCCCGGAAUGUUACAACCAUAAUUAUAGAAAGCCUGGUUACAAUGGAAGUUGCAUAGAUAUAGAAAAGAAACGAAACGAUGCACUGAGCUGGUUGUGGAAGCGAAGCACUGCCCUUUACCCAUCCGUUUAUCUGCAAAGUUUCCUGGCCUCUUCUGCUCUCACGCCAUUGUUUACUCGGAACCGUGCACUGGAAGCCAUUCGAGUUUCUAACGUACGCAACCCGGAAAAUCCACUUCCAAUCUUUGUCUAUACUCGCCCGGAGUUCACUGAUAAACCUUUGACCUUCCUUGCUCAGGAAGACUUGGUGAAUACAUAUGGUGAACUUGUGACUCUGGGUGUCUCUGGAAGUGUAUUGUGGGGAAACCUCAAUUUAACUCAAAGUCAGAGAAGGAAUCUGAGCAUUGGCAUACAUCCAUUUGUUCAGGGUCAUGGAGCUGGUAAAGAAGUCUGGGUAGCUUAG